CUUCAAUUCUUUUAAACAGUCGUCAACAUGGCCCUACGCUUCACGUUACAGGGUAGCAGAGUGAGACACAGUGCCCAUCUCAAUGUGGGUCUUUGGGGACUUCUCAACCAGAACUUAUGGAACCCCACUUCAUCUUCUUCUUCAUCUUCUUGCUACGUUCACCAUCAUGGGUCUUCAAUCCCGAACCGAUUGGUUGAUGAAAUCAAAACCCAAGAUGAGAGUAAAGCGUUUUUGGGAGGUACGAGCAUUUACAAGGGUGCCCACAAGGAUGAGUGGAUCAUCAGCUUGGCAAAGUUUGCUGUCAAUAAACAGAAUGAAAAUGAGGGUAGCAGAGUGAGACACAGUGCCCAUCUCAAUGUGGGUCUUUGGGGACUUCUCAACCAGAACUUAUGGAACCCCACUUCAUCUUCUUCUUCAUCUUCUUGCUACGUUCACCAUCAUGGGUCUUCAAUCCCGAACCGAUUGGUUGAUGAAAUCAAAACCCAAGAUGAGAGUAAAGCGUUUUUGGGAGGUACGAGCAUUUACAAGGGUGCCCACAAGGAUGAGUGGAUCAUCAGCUUGGCAAAGUUUGCUGUCAAUAAACAGAAUGAAAAUGAGAAGGAUCAACUUCGAUUCGCGAGGGUUGUAGGGGCAAGCCACACAGGCAGUUCUAACUUAUUGUACCAUAUCACACUGGAGGCAACCGAUGCUCAUAUGCAAAAGAUUUACCAUGCAGUGGUUUGGUUGCAACUGUGGAGGAACUUAAUGGAUUUGCUAGUGUGGAGGCGAGUUAAUGAUGCCUUAUCUGCUGUUGGUGUUAAGCGCGGUAAUUAG